CACGCCCACUUCCGGCGCACACCGGAAACCGGAAGCAGCGGCGGGCGGAGCGUCUCGGUGUUGUGUGGGUUUAUCUGGAUCGYGGAUUGGGCAACCCUGAGCCUCAGCGUGGCUGUUGUGGCAUUGCCGGUGUGAUAUCCUUGGGAUGUUCCACCUGGAUGAGAGGUAGAAGAGCUGGGAGUGAAUAGGACAGCCCAGGAAUCCAGGAGGAUGGACACGCUGAAGAACCGGACAGUGGAGGAGCUCCAGGAGCUGCAGGAGGAUUCCCAGGAGAUCGAGCGCUUGGCCUUGGAAUCCCAGGAGGUGCAGGAGCUCCAGCUGGAAAGGGAGAUGGCUCUGGCUGCCAACCGCAGCUUGGCUGAGCAGAACCUGAAAUUCCAGGCACCAUUGGAGACGGGUCGAAGCGACCUCUCCAAGAAAUACCAGGAGCUGCAGGAGCUGGCUGGGAGGUGCAGGGAGCAGAAGGAAAAGCUGGAGAAAUUCUCGGCAGCGCUGCAGCCUCAGACUYUGCUGGAUCUCCUUCAGAUAGAAAGCCAGAAGAUUGAAGAGGAAUCUGAGAAAAUGGCUGAGAAAUUCCUGGAGGGCGAGGUGCCCCUGGAGUUGUUCCUGGAGCAGUUUUCAGGGAUGAGGAAGUUGUCCCACCUGCGCCGGGUCCGAGUGGAAAAGCUGCAGGAGAUCGUCAAGAAGUCGGAGGGAUCCCAGGAGCGCGCCAGGAACUCUCAGCCUCCUCCUCUUCCUCCUCCUCCUCACGUUCCCACGGAUCCAACAAAACCCUUCCCAUCGGGAUCUCCAGCCUUCCCUCUGCCCUACAGCCCAGCUCCAGCCCUUCCCCCCGGCCCCACUGCCCAUGGAGCGCUGCCUCCCACCCCAUUCCCGGGAUCUCCGGUCACUGUGGGCCACGGGGCUCCCUCCCAGCCCAGUUCCCAGUCCACCUUUCCCUACCCUGUUCCUACAGCCUCUGGAUACUCAGCAGCUCCCGACUCGGCACCGGGGUAUCCCAAAUCCACCUCAGGAGGCUUUUCCUGGUCUCCAUCUCGGGGCCCACCACAACCUUCACCUUAUCCUGCUCCCCAUCCCUCUCCUCCCCCUGCCAGACCAGGAUACUCUCCCUACAUCCCACCUGCAGCAGGGAGACCACAGUGUCCAUACCCCACCCAGCCCCCUCUCCCAAAUUUCCCRGUCCCAACGCAGGCUCCCUAUCCYGGGCCUCCCCCACCUUUUGGAUAYCCCCCACCUCCAAACCCUCAGCGUCCUACCUGGCCUGGAUACUAAUCCAGGACUUYUGGGGAGCAUCCUAUGCUGAUUCCUCCUUUUUUUGGGGACUGAGAAAGAGGAGGGAUCCCAGAGUGUUGCUCCUGGAUCUAUCGGUGUGAAAGAAUUAUGUGGGAUGAGUCACAGCUCCAGAGGUUGGAGCGAGAGGCAGAGCCAGCCCAGCAGAAAUCCRAGGAGGAGAGKCC